AAGCUUGGUUGAAAGUAGUCCUACCAAAGUCUUUGCCAUUGAUCCUAAUACCCAACAGGUUGUAGUGGAUGAUCCAGAGGCAUAUACCUACGAUGAUGAAGUGUUGAAGAAAGUAGAAGCUAUGGGUAAGCCUGGGCUUAUUGAGAUACACCCAAAAGAAAACAGUUUCAUUUUCAUGGUCGAAUCUACUGGUGCUAUUAAGGCUUCUCAGCUGCUGCUUAAUGCCAUAGAAGUCCUCAAACAAAAGCUUGAUGCUGUUCGCCUGUGUGAGGAUACUGUGGAAGCUGAUGAUCAAUUUGGUGAACUAGGAGCUCAUAUGCGAGGAGGAUGAUGCUGUAAGCUGAACAGAUCAACUGCACUGUAUUGGGAAGAAAUGUUCAUAAGCUAACUUUAAUGUUCUUUUGGAUGUAAGCUGUAGCGUGUAGAUGCUAACUUGUUUUCCACUCAGUCUUUCUGUGUCUAUGCUCUCUAAUUGACUACCAUUGUCAAAGUGGUUCUCAUGGGGAGACAUGCUGCCUAUAUAAAACAAGCGUACAGGGCAUUAGUUAGCAUUUGCCAUGUUGUUUGGCUCGUACUCACUUGUUUUACCUUGCUAAAACCAGAAAUCUUAGUUUGAUUUGCGUAAUUUUCCUGUGUUAUAAUUUACCGUAUCUCUUUUUUUUUU